AAAUGUAUCCCAUGUCGCCUUGCAACUGUAUUAUGCAUGCAUUACCUAUCCGUCUGUGACAGCUGUCACUUAGAAUCACUCAACUGCUAUACAGAAUUAACUUGCCCAGUUUCGACUACUGUAGGGAAGAAAUGCUAAGGCAUCAAUAUGUUUCUUAUUCAAUGAAAAUAUUGAUGGCGACUUACGGCAUGUGAUUAUGCCCGAAUAUCUUCUCUAUUAGAGAUGUCUUCGGUGAUAAGGAACCUACAACGAUAUAUCCAAAAUUCCCCUGGCUGAAGAAAAUAUUUCUGGUGAUCGAAAAAUUCUGUGAAGUUGCUAGCGGUGUCUUACCAUGAGGCUGAAAAUCCGCGGUGCUGUGGUGGGCUGCUGUGUGGCAGUGCUGCUCACCACUGCACUGCUGUGGCUGCGGUGCCACGCAGACUCUGCGUCACUGCACAGUCGCCACAGCAGCAGCAGCAGCGCUGAAGCUCAACAACAGCAGCGCAGACAACCUCUGCAGACACGACUGCACCACACGGCUCUCCCACAGUACCCGGGAGUUGGGAUCGUUGACGUUGUAGAAGACGAAGACUACGGCACCGACGAGCUCGACGACGACAGCGAGAGCGAGACGAUCGCCGAACCUGCGCAGCCUCGCGCUGCUCUUACAGGUGUGGUGCCAGUGCCGUGCAUCAUCAACCAGCGCACCACAGUCAACUGCCGGCGCGAUGACACCGAAGUCUACGUACCAUUCUCCUUUCUGAAGCAAUAUUUUGAGGUAUACGGAUCACUGGAGGCAAGAGGCAGCAAGCUCCUGAACAGAAACAUUUCUACCACCGACGGCGAUGGUACAGAAGAAGCGCCAAGUGAAGUGUUCGUAUGGCAGCACUCAACCAGCAAGGUGUUCGAGCCCGCACUCCCGUACUCCCCCUACGGCGCCUUCCUCAACUUCCAGCUCUACAACGUCGAGUCCCGCGACCGCGUUAAAUGCGUCAGCGCUAAAGAUGGAGUGCCGAUAUCGACGCAGUGGCAGAGCAGCGGCCACACAUACCCCAUCCAGAUCGCGCAGUUCGGCCUCUCCCAUUACUGCAAGCUCCUCGCGGGGGACAAGCCUAAGCGGACGUUGCUAGAGGACGGACAGAGCGCGAUAUCCGCGUGGCAGGUUGCUGGUGCCGGGAGCCGCAUCGGCCGCGUCACCGACUCCGUCAGGAAGAACAAAGUUCUGCGCUACAGAGCGAACGAGUGCGGGGACUCCGGCAAGCCCUCAGGAGGAGUGCGUCUAAGCCUGCCCAUGACGCUGAGCUCUGAGCAGCUCACGCUCUCCCUGGACUGGUUCGUACAGCGCGGCUCUUCCCUCACGAUCGCCUUCGUCGUCAGGGAAAAGACGCAGCUUGCCUUCUACGUCAGAUACCUGCCCUCUGAUGACCUGCUCUGGACCAAGUCGCCACGCUCCAUAUACUACGGGCUGGGCCAGUCGACGGGGUGGCGGCGGUUCACAAGGAACCUGUUGGUGGACUUGCAGAAAGGACUUGCCGCCCUGCCUAAGCUUGCCAAGUCCCUGAGGAAGGUAGGCCGUAGCCGCGUGCAGGUGACAGCCAUCCAGUUCUGUGGCGAAGGCAAGAUCGACAACCUGACGCUGUCGUCCGCCGAGCACGCCGAGCAUUUCUACGCCGGGGCCGAGUGGCUGGUCAAGCAUCAGGACCAUAGGGGCGGCUGGCCUAUCAACGUGCCGCGCUCUGUUGUGAAGGACGUACUGACGCUGGAGAGCGGCUGGUAUUCUGCCAUGGCGCAGGGGCAGGCGAUCUCGCUGCUGGUUAGGGCCGCCCACCACUCCGGCGACCAGAUCUUCCUGCACGCCGCCCUCCGCGCUACACAGCUCUACCAUGUCAACGCUUCCAUGGGAGGCGUUCGUGCAUACUUUCCUGGAGGCUAUGCCUGGUACGAGGAAUACCCCACAACGCCAUCGCUUUUUGUGCUCAACGGCUUCAUUUACAGUUUAAUUGGACUCUUUGACCUCAAGGAGGCUCGGCCUGGUCCGAGCACAGCCGACGCCGCUGAGCUCUACAACGUAGGGAUGACGUCACUCAAGAAGCUGCUCCCACUUUUCGACACGGGAUGGGGGAGCUUCUACGACCUCCGUCACUUCACCAGCCCCGUGCCUCCCAAGCCUGCACGAUGGGACUACCACACGACGCACAUCACGCAGCUGCUGCUGCUCGCUUCACUCGAUGAUGACCCCAUCAUCGCCUCCGUCGCGGCGCGGUGGCGGGACUACCUUAACGGCAAGCGGGCGCCCCACAACUGAACGGGCGCUGCUGUUCCCGUCAGUGGCGGGACUAACUUAGCGGCAAGCGGGCGCCCCACAACUGAACGGGCGCUGCUGUACCCGUCAGUGGCGGGACUAACUUAGCGGCAAGCGGGCGCCCCACAACUGAACGGGCGCUGCGGUACCCGUCAG